UUUUAGGCCUGAAGUCCCUCUCAAUUCUCAGUUCCCUCAGUUUUCACGCAUGGCAACUUUUAUUUUGAAGACAUGCAACAGUGUACACAGCCUCCCUAGAUUAUUGACCCCGAGGGACAGAAAUCAACAUUGCUUGUCAUCCUAGUCGUUUCUGUGAGAAUUCUUUGUGACUAUACCUACAUUUAAUCGAGACAACGGGCAGCUUCCUGUUUUGAACUCAGAACAAGAUGUCACGUGAUCUUUCACAAACAAUCCCCCCUAAUGCGCUGAGCCGGCUCGCGCAGGAUUGGCUGAUGGAAGACACGCCGAACUUUGAUCUGGCAGGAGUGUGCGUCGGAUCACGUGAGGUGAAGGCCCGGUUGCUGUGCAAAUCCCCAGACACGGUACUGGCGGGCUGCCCGUUCUUCAACGCAGUCUUCACAGAGCUGGGAUGCACUGUGCAAUGGAGCUUCACAGAGGGCCACAAGUUGGGCCCAGACCCAGUGACCGUUGCCGCGGUGGUGACCGGCCCGGCCAGGUGCGUCCUGCUGGGGGAGCGGCCUGCGCUGAACUGCCUGGCGCGAGCCUCCGGCAUCGCCACGCGCUGCGCCCAGCUGCAGAGUCUGGCCCGGGCGGCCGGGUGGCACGGGCAGGUGGCGGGCACGCGCAAGACCACGCCAGGCUUCCGGCUGGUGGAGAAGUACAGCAUGCUGGUGGGAGGGGUGUCCACUCACCGGCACGACCUGAGCAGCAUGGUGAUGCUGAAGGACAACCACGUGUGGGCUGUCGGGAGCAUCUCACAGGCGGUGGCGGACGCUCGGUCGGUGUGUGGCUUCAGCACCAAGAUUGAGGUGGAGUGCAGGAGUGAGGAGGAGGGGAGGGAGGCCGCCGGGGCCGGCGCCGAAAUCAUCAUGCUGGACAACUUCAGACCUGAGGACCUUCACAUCGCUGCCCAGGCCCUGAAGCGGGACUUCCCGGGCGUGAUCAUCGAGGCCAGCGGAGGCGUGACGCCCGCCACCCUGCCCCGGUACUUCUCCCCCCAUGUGGACGUCAUCUCCCUGGGCUGCCUGACCCAAGGGUGCCCCGUCUCCGACUUCUCCCUCAAGGUGCAGCGCCCCGACCCCCAGGUUGGACAGUGAAGCAGGAGCUUGGUGGACUGGAUAGCAGGGGGGGGGGGGUCUUCCUGGAUUUAUUCCUGUUCACUUCCAGUCACUGAAUGUGCCACUCUGCAAAAAGUGAUAUCUUACCAAGUGGUAUGAUCUUAACAUAAAAAAACAACCAGAUUUAUCUGCCAAUGGAUUAAGAAAAUUUGCCUCAAUUUAAGAUGAGAUUUAAGAUUUAAUUAAGAAUUUUCUUAAUCCUAUGGCAGACAAAUUUGCUUGUUUUGUUUAUGUCUUAAUUUCAGAAGAUAGUGACUUAUCAAAUAAGUCAAAUAAUCUUACAAGAAAGCUCAAAGUAAAUAUCUUUAUACUAAAAACAAUACAAACUAGAUUUUUUUAAUCUUGAUAUAAGAUUAUAACACUUGGUAAGAUUUCUCUUUUUGCAGUGCAUCUGAUGCCUCUAUUUCCUUGGAUUCUGGAUGUUUCCGUCACAUAAGCUGUUCUGUGCCAUGGUGACCACAGGACCUCGCCCCGUCUGGUCAUAAGCCUACUGGACAAAUCUCUACCGUCUCAUCAGUACUGGUGUCAUCAAGAAUUUGAAUGUACUCAAUCAGUGUUACUAUAGUGCUGAAAUAGUCAUGCGAAUAAUUUGAAUAAUAAUAUGCAGUCAUUUGAAAUAGUACAUAAUAGACAUACUUCACAUAUUUAAUUGAUACCUUUAAAAGCUCACAUUCCAGUAUAAUAUAAGUAUACCAUUCUCUCAUGUAAGCAGGUUUUACUGCAAGCUUUCUUUCUAAUAGAAUGCAGCAGGUAAAGCUCUUACUUUUAACACCUGUUCCUAACAUAACGUUCUCUGAUGUAUGUUUGAUAACGGUGAUGGCAGACAAAUAAAGAAGUGGUCAUGAGCUUGUAA